AUGGCCGUCGAGGAAAUGCAACUAGCCGCCUCGAUGCAAAUGAACUCGCAUAUGAGCAACCAGCAAAGGAUGAGUUUCGCGAUUCACGAGAUUCUAGGAAUUCAAGGAAAUGCCUACCUAUCAAACAACUAUUGCCCACAAGGGACAUUCUUCCCACAGCAGCCUUUUAUGGAUAUUGGCGGAUGUGGAGUCUCAAAUUUCGAUCGAUCCCUUUGCACGUCUGAUGGAAUUUCCAAUGUCACCAACACGGGAUUAAUGUACAGCAUGCCUUCUACCGCGCAAGCCGUCGACCCGCAACAAACAAGCUCGACAAGUACUUCAACCAGCGCCGUUUCCUGCUCAAGCAACCAGUCAAGCGGCGGAAACGUUGGCGGCGGCAAAACGUCUAAACGAAAGAAGCGACGCCAUCGAACCAUUUUUACGCAAUACCAAAUUGAUGAGCUUGAGAAAGCAUUCCAGGAGGCGCACUAUCCCGAUGUCUACGCAAGAGAGCUAUUAUCCGGCAAAACUGAACUGCCGGAGGAUCGCAUCCAAGUCUGGUUCCAAAAUCGUCGAGCCAAAUGGAGGAAAACUGAGAAAACGUGGGGAAAAAGCACAAUUAUGGCAGAGUACGGCCUAUAUGGUGCAAUGGUGAGACAUUCACUUCCACUACCAGAGACGAUUACAAAAUCGGUGGAGUCUACAGACCCACAGCAAAGUGCCGCCCCGUGGCUUUUAGGAAUGCACAAAAAAAGUAUCGAAGCCGCCGCUCAUUUGGAAAGCGUCGAGAAGACCGGCGAUAUUUCGGAGAGCGACGACGACGAUCGCAGCGGUUCGCUCACCACUUCCAACAACGAUUACAAGACUCAAAGCAACAACAUCGGUCUGACAUUCGAAGAAGCUCCGAUAUUUCAAUUUUCCGCAUCAACCAUAAUUCCUAGUAAUAAUUCGCUCAAACAAUACCACGGAUACAGUUCUAAUUUGUAA